AUGGUGCUGCCCGCCGAAGGGGCCCAGGAUGAGAAGCCGCCCCUCUAUGUCGUGACGAAGCCGAUUCGAGCUGAGAAGUGGAAAGACAGGAGGGUGAUGCGCAAAGCAAAGAAGCUCGCGGCCAAGGAGAUAGAACGUGCUCGUCGAAAAGAGCAAGGCCUGGAGAGCGACGAUGACGAGGUUGUCAUGGACGACGGCAAGGAUUACAAGCCGGAACCUGUGGCUGAAGAGCCAGCGGAGACGAAGAAGGGCAGGAAGCGAAAAAAGAAGAAGAAGGCCCAGGAAGAUGGAGAGGAGGAGGAGGCCAAGGACGAGGGAAAGUCUGCGGCUGAGGCUCUGGAGCCUCCUGCCAAGAAAAGAAAGAAGAAAAAGAAGAAGGAAAAGGCUAAAGACACGACUGGAGAAACCGCGCAAGACGAGGAGGAGGAGGAUGAGGAUGAGGAUGAGCAAGCCGAGGCGGUCGAGGAGGAUGCACCGGAGGGUGAUAAAACCGAGGGUCCUCCGGCAGAAGAAGUGCAGAAUGCCAUCCACAGUUCUGGCUUCUUCAGCGAAACCCGCUUCGAUUCUUUAGAGAUCUGCGAGCCGCUGAAGAAGGCUCUCACAGAGCACAACUUUGAGCGCAUGACCGAGAUCCAAGCGAAGUCGAUUCCCCAUCUUUUGAAGGGGAAAGACGUUCUUGCAGCAGCGAAGACAGGCAGCGGGAAGACACUUGCAUUCUUAGUACCUGCUUGCGAUCUGCUGUACAACGUGAAGUUCCUCCCAAGAAAUGGAGCUGGUGCGAUUGCGAUCUCGCCAACGCGGGAGCUCGCAAACCAGAUCUAUGACGUUCUCAGGAACAUCUCGAAGUACAUGUCUCAGUCAAUUGCGGUUUGCAUUGGAGGAAUGAAUCGGAAACCGGAAGCUGAGAAGCUGGCAAAGGGCGUCAACAUACUGGUGGCAACGCCCGGACGUUUACUGGAUCACAUGCAAAACACCAAAGGUUUCGUGUUUCAUAAUCUGGUGAACUUGAUCAUUGACGAAGCGGAUCGAAUAUUGGAGGUCGGCUUCGAGGAGGAGAUGAACCUCAUUAUUAAGAUGUUGCCGAAGAAGCGGCAGACAUCCCUGUUUUCAGCUACACAGACACGAAAAGUGGCUGAUCUUGCCCGGCUCUCCCUCAGCAAACCGGUUUUCGUUGAAGUCAAGACCCAAGACAACGUUUCCACUGUUGCAGGCUUGACUCAAGGCUACGUAGUCUGCCCGGCCAAUACCCGGUUUCUGUUGCUCUUCACCUUCCUCAAGAGAAACAAAGACAAGAAGGUCAUGGUCUUCAUGUCUGCUUGCAAUUCUGUCAAGUUCCAUGACGAGCUGCUGAACUACAUCGACCUUCCUGUAAACUGCAUACAUGGUCACAAGAAGCAGUCUGCAAGGAGUUCGACGUACUACCAGUUUUGUGCCGCCGAUACGGGAAUCCUUCUUUGCACAGACGUCGCAGCGCGCGGCCUGGACAUCCCGAAGGUGGACUGGAUAGUGCAGUACGAUCCGCCAGAUGAGCCGAAGGAGUACAUCCACAGAGUUGGGCGUACUGCCCGUGGGGCUUCUGGUAAGGGCAAGGCCUUGCUCUUCCUCAUGCCUGAGGAGCUUGGCUUUCUGCAUUAUUUGCGCCGCGCCGGCGUUCCUGUGGCCGAGUACAGCUUCCCCUCAAGCAAAGUGGCGAACAUUCAAUCGCAAUUGGAGCGCGUCAUCGAAAAAAACUACCACCUUCACAGGAGUUCGAGGGAUGCGUACAGGUCGUAUAUGCAUGCGUAUGCGGCUCACAGUCACAAAGACUGCUUCGAUGUGCACAAGCUAGACCUUGCCCAGGUUGCAAAAGCAUUUGGCUUUGCGCACCCUCCCAAAGUGGAGUUGAACCUCAAGCACACAGCCAGGAAAAAGGCAACAGGCACCAAGGGAACCCUGAAGAAACAGCUCUCGGCAAAGUCCUCCGGGCACCAGUUCUCAGCGGACAACCCGUAUGGAAAGCGGGAUGCCGGCGACAAGAGGCAGUUCAGCCGAUGA